AGGACUUCUUGAUUCCCAUGCCCCCGCACGCCUACCCCCACUUUUCAUUUUGCUGCCCUUUCGCCAUUCACCUGCUUCAAUGAAUUAGUGCAAGAAGAUCAUGUCUGCGCUUCUUUUGACCAUGAUGUUUGUCUCAGACACGGGUGUAGAAAUGAGGGACCACUAGUUUGCGAGAGUUGUUGUACAGGUAGCACAUCUUCCUCCACGACAACGUGUCUGUGAAGAUUUUUGUUGAGCAUCUUUAUUGGCGCACCAUUGAUAUUAUCAUUAUAAACCAUGUCGGAAAACAACGCCGCAGAAAACGAGGUUGUGGUGAUUAGCGAUUCCUCAGAGGAGCAGCAGGACUCAACAUCUUCAGAGGAUGCUUCCUCAGAAGAUGGAGGUUCGGAGGAGAGAGCUGCCUCAGAAGAGAUGAAUCAGCAGGAGGAAGAGGACGACCAAGAGCAACAAGAAGAGGAAGAUUCAUCUGAACAAGACGGUCCUGAACGAGGACAGCAGGUGGAUGACGAUGAGGAGAUGGCUGUUUUAGAAGGCACGGCUGAGGGAACAGCUGACUUCGACGGACCUAUAGCUGCGCCUGGAGGUAACUACAUCGCUGUUCCUGAAGAAGCUGGUGCAGAAGGCGCGUCUUCUAGCGGAGCUUCACACCAACCACAAGCUGCAGCCAGUGGCAACCAGCAGAACCAAGGACAAGGAGGACAGGAGCCAUCCUCGCCCACAAGCUCAUGGAGGAAUAUGUCUGGAGUCUCAUUAGCAUUUUCAGGAUCUGGGGAUGCUGUGGUUGCGACAUCGAAGGCCUCACAUGGCAGCCAUCGUUCUGGAGUAUACGAAUUUCCAGUUUCAGCUUUUGCAAACGCUUUCAGACAAGAACCUCCGGCAGGAAUUGCGGAUCAUGCUGGCGCUGCGGAACAAGCGCAGCAAGGUAUAAUUUCUACUUGUUGUGAUUGAUGACUCAACAUUAUUCUGUUUUCUGUCUACUGUAGCGUUUCUACACUGAUUUCAACGGUUUUCGGCUUGUUUGUAGACAUCAACAAAACUACUUUCAUCUUGAAGAUGUCUUCAAAUACCACUAACAGCGAUUGCCCCGUCAGCAACGGCUGAGGGUGCAAACCCGAUCCAAGCGCGACAAGAAGAGCCACAGGUGUCACCAGUAGUUGCUGAUGUACCUAUUGCUAGUGCAUCCUCUUUCUCGUCAGCAUCGUCGGAGGCUGUACCUUCUGCUUCGUCAGCAUCGUCGGAGGCUGUACCUUCUGCUUUGUCUUCCACCGGAUUAGUGGUAGAAAAAGAGCAGGUUCUAGUAGAAAAGACGAACCCACAAAGAGAUCUCGCGCGAUCCGUACUCAAAAUGGAGUCGCGUUUUCUGCCACCAGGAAUGGAGCUUGCCUCGUCAUCAGCAUCGAGUGGCGAAGAUGCCCCUCUUGCUGGUCCUGUUGUAGGAGGAACAGCAAAUAGUGCAGCAAAUGCCGAUGCCGAAAUGAGGCCCGAGGAGCCACCGCAAGAGUCCCUAAUAGCACCCGACGAUCCUAGGAAUCGAUCGCCUCUUGCCAGAGCAUGGCGUUCCGAAGAUCUUGAGGCCAAUGCCGUGUCUCCGAGGUCUAGACCAGUUACAACUGGCGCGGCCACGACCUUGGGUGAUCUCUAUGCGGAUCUCGUUCCCUUGACAACUGGCAGUCUAGAACAUCAGUCAACCUCCUCGUCCUCCCGACCUGCACCUAUCGAUGGUCAUGGCGAACUACCGAAAGCGAAAAGAGUCCGCUUCGAUCCAAGCGACCCUGUUGUGGCCAGAGCAGAGCAGAGAGGCGCGUUUUCUCCAGAGAUUCCGGAUGUGCAAUUUCCUGGUGCGACGGUUGAGAUGAAACAAGAAGCAUUAUUGCAGGAGGCUCUAGCGAGGUAUCCAGGACGUGCAGGAGCACUGCAGGCUUUGGCUGGGACAUCUUCAAUGUCCUCUGGUGUGGCUAAUAUGGAUGGAGUUGUAGAUGGUCCAGGUUCCUCUGCAAACGAAAGUGAUGACAGCGGUAUACGAGGAUUGCUGGAUAGCAUUAGCGGGGCAGAAGGACUACCAGGAGCGUCUUCGUCCGGAGGAGUGUCUUCUAGUUCAGAAGCAGCACCAAACGUCACGGAGGUUGUGGCAAAACCUGAGAACGCACCAUCCCCACCGCGCGACGGAGUGAAACUUGCUGACAAGCUUCCACCGCCCAUGAUGUCCGGAGCCUACCCAGACUUCAAUCCUCACAAAGAGAUCUUACCUGCGACGUUUGAAACCGCAACUAGUAGAAGUGGUGCUUCUGCUGCGGACAAGUCGGUUAGCGAAAAAGGGGGAUCUCAGGGAGCAGGACCAUCGUCAACAGCUGCUGCGUCGACAUCUGCUGCUAGUGUGUUUGGCAAUACAGCAUCAAUCUUCGCUGUCCCUAAUACAGCUCCACAAGCAUCUUCGCCCUUUGCAGUGAGUGCUCCGCAAACAACAAGUGGCGCGCAAUCUUCAUCUUCACCCUUUGCUGUUUCCGCUGGUGAAGAGACAAAACCAGUGGGACUCUCGUCCCUGUUUUCAACUACAACACAUAGUAGUUCCUCCUCCUUGUUCAACACGACCAAUGCGUACGCGACAUCCUCAACUACCUCAAUUUUCGGGCAACGAACAGCCUCCUCGCCAUCAUCUUCUCGGCCACAGCAACCUCAACCUCUGCAGACGAUGACUGCGGCAACUACAACUGGAGCAGGUCAUCUAGGAGGAGUAUCUUCUUCAAGAACAUCAACGCUUCUUUUUGGAGGAUCAACGUCCCUCUCUUCGUCAACAGGAGUUGCGGCUUCUGCUCCUCCAGGCGAGUUACAACGAACUACGACACCAAGUUCUUCAACAACGCUCGGCGUACCCGUAAGUGGAGCUGCUACGUCUUCUUCUACUGCUGGUCCUUCUACCUCUGCUCCUUCUUCUCGACCUCCGCCAACACUGGCAGGCUACGCGAAGAAUUCCGUCCAUGCGCGCAUUUUAGAACUCGCGCAUCCAAGAUUAGAUGAGGACAGUCUGAUGCAAUCAUCGGCAGAGGAGUUGCGAGCUCAGGUGAGGAAGAUGCACAAGGAACGAGCGACUUUGAUUGAGAAGUUCAGGAAACUUCAGACUGUAGCAUCGUCUUCUAGAAAUAGUUUGACGAAAGAUGGAGGUGGAGGUGCGCAACUACUAACACCACCAGGAAGUACAGGAGUUGGUCGUGUAUCUGCUUCGUCUACAGACGCCGCUGGUACUCCACCUCCAGUGCGGGUACUCGAAUCGGCUUUGCAGGCACGUAUAGCAGAGCUUGAAGCAUUGGUUCGGAAGCUCCAAACAGAAAACGCAGAUUUAAGGGAGCAAGCAUCUUCCGAUGCACGCGCCAGACAGCGGGAGUUGGAUUCUCUGCGCGCCGAGUCGGAGCGACAGCUGGAAAGCUUACGGCAGAAGUAUGAACAUGAAUGCAGCGAGAGUGCUCUGGCUAAAUCGAAGUUGACCGGUCUGGAGAAGCAUAUGGCAGAGCUGCGCACUGGCGCAGAGACAGCGCGGAAGCGGCAAGAGCAGUUGCUGUCUGACUUUUUAGAACGGCAGGAUGCGUUGCGGAGUUCUGAGUCGGCGGCACAGGAAGGCUUGCGCGUUGCGGAGUUGUCGAUCGCUAAUUGGAAGCGAGAAUGGGAAAACUCGGAUCGCGCGUUGCAGAAGAAGCGAGAGGAGUACGCCAUUCUGGCGAGCAAGCUGGAGGACUUGGAUCGGUUGGGCAGUAAGAAUGCAGAACUCAAGGGCCAAACGCAAAAACUAGCCUUCUUAGUUUCUCAAUUAGCUGUUUUUGUGCAGCAACGAGAACGCCCUUUCAACAUGAAGAUGGGUCCUGGGCAGUAUGGCUACGAACAGCAACAGCAGUUUGACGACUCUACUUUCGAACACCACCCAAGUCCAGAUGCUGAAAAUCAUUCUGCAUUUGGCAAUCGUAACAGGAGUAAUGCCUCCUCAGGUGUCGAUGGUGGUGCUAGUCCCUUCGGCAGUGCUCGUCUCCGAAACACGAUGAACGUAGAGCUGAACGUGAGUCAGAGCAGUGUGGUACACAACAACUUCUAUAAUGUCAAUGUUCUGCAGCAACAGCAUGUCACAGCAGGAGCCAGACCAGGUGGAAUGAGAGGACGCAGCGGAAUGUCAUCAACGAAUGCGGUUGUUUCAGAAUUCGUGUCCCAAUUACACGGUCGUGGACGCGGACCACCACCUCCGUUGACAGCAACACCCGACAUCGUCAGGCGUACAAGCAGCUAUCUUCCUGCAGGAGGACCGCAAGAUUUCUCUGCGGCACCAUCACCUACUCCAGGAGCAGCGUUCGCGCCCGUGCCUGGAGGAGGUACUAUGUUCUCCGAGUCCAGUAUCCUAGAGCUUGUCGACAAUUUGGCAACUCUGAACAGACUAGUAGUCGUUGAUGACGUCGAUGCUGAUGCUGGUGUAGACGCGGCGGACCGAGAUGACGAGGGUUUUGAAGAUGCGGUGGAAGACGAAGCUGUUGAACUACGCGGCCAAGAGGACGGAGCAGGUGGUGUGAUCAAUCUCGAAUCGGACGAAGACGAUGCUCCCCCGCCACCGCAGAAGAAAAGCAAGAAAUCUAGAAGUCCAAGCCAAAAAAGAACGAGACAGGCUGCACAAGUUGCCGUUGAUCAUAAGAAAGUUUCUUCAGCCAAAAGGACUAAGAUUCUGCUAUCUGAUGAUCGCGUUGCUGCUUUGUCUCAGCUCGCCGACCACGCUGCCCAGAUCCGUCAGUUGACCGCCAGUCUGGAGGAAAAGUCGUCCUUGCUCGAAUUCAAGUCUCUCGAAUACACGAAGUCACAGGACAAAUUCCGCCAAGCAAGGGAGCAUCUCUCCAAACUGCUAGAGGAGCACAAGCAAACCGUGGCGCAGAAGGCAGAGAUGGAAACGGAAUUGGAGAGUCUGAAACUCUCGCUUGGGAAGACGCGCGCUGACGGUGCGAAGAACGAAGACCUUCUGGCUGUGUAUCAGAAACAAUUGGAGGUUUGGCGUCGGGAGCUGAAGCGCAUCCAGAACCAACUGGCGAUCGGCGCUGAUCAGUAUAGACCGACUGAGAUUUCGCAAUUAGAUGCACCCACAGGUGGAGGAGAUGCUUCUAGACAUCAACUGUUGAGCUAUGGAGGAGGCGGUCAUGGAGGUAGCGGUCGCAUGGACGCUAUGCACACUCGUUCUGGUCCUCAUCUAGGAGUCUUUGUGGAAACCUCCACUGUCGAGACCGUUGCUCAAUCCAUCCGUCUCUUAGAGCAAUAUGAUGCAGCCAGUGUCGAAGUCUACCGCGAAAACGCCGAUCUACGCCAUCAAAACGCGGUCCUUAAUUCCGAAAAACAGAUCCUCUUCGAAAAAAGCAAGAAGAAAGUGCAAGAACUGCGUGUGAGUCUGGAGAAGAUGGAGGAGGAGAAGAGCAGAGAGGAAUGUCGUGGUCAGAAAUUGGAUGAGGAGAUUAAGGAAUUGCGAUUGCGAACCGAGAUGGCCGAAAAGAGUUUCAGCGAAACCGAAGUCGAGCGACAAAGACUAGAACGUUUAGCCACAGCUCUGCAGAAAAAGAUUGGCGGGAGCUCGACUUUGUUCGGCGACAAAGACGGAAAACAACUCUCGGUCGAACAAAUUCUGAAGGGGGCGGCGGAAGAAGGUACUUACUUGUACCAUGUUCAUAAGGUGCAGCUUCAGAGACAGAUUCUUGCGUCAUCCAAUUCUUGACAUCUGGCAAUAAUUAAGCUCAAAGUCGCCUUGGCGUCAAAAGAUACCUCCAGAACAGGUAAAUGAAUGAAUGAAUGAAUGAAUGAAUAGAUUGGAUAGUUUCGUCUUCUACUUCACAAACUUACUUGAUCUUGUUCAUCCACUCUUUGUCUUUUUUUGUUACUCAGCCGAGCGCGCCGUCCUUGCCUCGGAUCCUGAAGUGAUCAAAAGAGUUACGCGAACGCUCGAGAAGAAGGAUGAGGAGAUACAGGGUUUGCUAUCUAAGAACGCGGAAGCGUCGACCCGUGCUGAGGGGUUACAGCAAGCUCUCAAGAUCGCGGAAAGUGCGAACUUGCGUCUGACAGUAGAGAAGCACGAGCUCAAGUCCGAAAGCGACAAUAUCCUAGUACCAAAAAUCGCAUCGUUGGAGCAAGACUUGGUGAAGAAGACAGCACAAAUCGGAAACUUGGAAAUGAAUAAAGACCUGGAUCAGCAAAAGAUUGCGCGUACCUUGUUUAACUUCAUACUUUUUAGAGGUGUGCUGCAAAUCUUGAUUGGCUUUCACCUUUUAGGUGAAGGUUUAGGUCUCGCGACGCUCAAAGCACUAAGUAAAACAGCCGGGGCCAGUUUUCACCUUUAAAGUCUAGUAAGUCUAUCCCGUGCAACAACAUACUUAGAAGCUCUAGGCCUUCUUUUUCCAGCUACAACAACAACUAUGACAUAGGAAUUGAAAUCUUCUGUCGAUACGACGUCCAUGAUCUCCAUCUCCUUAUGCUCUUUCGCGUAAUAUCAACCACCGCAACAUUAACCACAUUAACCAGGUCUAAGCACAUCACGAUCACCACCAACCACAUUAACCAGGUCUAAGCAACGAAGUUCGGCAGAUGCAAACUUCAGAGCUGGAACAGUCGCAGAAGUAUGCGGAUGCUGUGAAACGACAUUCCACUGAAAUUCUUGCAAAAGAAGACGAAGUCAGUCAACUCCAGACCCAGAUGCGCGAUAGCGAACAUAACCUCCGCAAAGACAUCGCAGCACGCGAAAAACUCAUCGCAGACAAGGAAAAAACCAUGGGGCUGUAUAGGAAGACGCAGGUACUUGAUCAUAGUUGCUCUUGUUGGCAUACUUGUUGUACUUGUACGCGCUAGAUCUUAGUUUUAAUCUUAAUGUUGAUGGAAUUAUACAAAGUGAUGAUGUUGAGCUUCCACUCAGGAAACAACCUGAUCUUCUAGUACAGGCCCAAGUUCAUAAUGUUCUCUCAAUGAUCUCAAAAAUACAGGAAGAGCAAAUCAACGUUGACCAAUCGCGUAAGCGUGAAAUUGCGGAUUUGCAACAAAAAAUCGUGGAUCUCUACAAGGAAAUCGACAAAGAAAAAGCGACAAACGAACGCUUCCGUCUCCAUCUUGAGCAGACGGAGAACAAACUACGUAGGGCUACGGCUCUCCAGCAACCUGCUGGAGCAUCUGGUGCUGGUCAUCAACCAUCUUCGUCUCCACGGGGAGGUGUUGAGGGAGGAGGGGCUAAAAAUGCCUCUGGAGGUUCUAGUGAAGAUGGAACUCGUACAACAGCGGAAGCGCUUCGGUUAGCCCAGGAAGAGCGGGACCGUUUGAAGAAGAAUCUGGAGGAGAGCAGCGCGCAACGGCGUAUGUUGCAGAAAGACUUCAGUGACUUGCAAAAGAAAGCCACAGAAUCUGCCACCACAUUAGAAGAAGCCAAAGCAGUCAGUGACAGUCGGCGAAAACGCAAUGAUGUCUUGCAGAAACAGAUUGACACGUUGGCCAAGGAAGCGGAAACUGCGCAAGCGAAGCAGAAAGAACUGGAACAGGCAUUGAUUAGUGCGAAGCAACAAGCGGCAGCGGCAGUGCGUGCAGCAGCUGCUUCUACUGCUGGUCUGAUGAAAGGAGGAGCAACUUCUACUUCUGCAGCCACGUCUUCAGCUACUCCUAGUGGAGCAAAUAGUGCAGGCACAUCUUCGACAUCUUCAUCCUCUUCCAACAAGCGUCCUCGCAUUCAGUCAGCUUCUCAGAUUCCUGCUGGUGCCGUCGCUGCCGCUGGGCCCGCGGCUGAGAUUUUACAGGGAAAAAACAAGCAAAUUGGCGAGUUGAAGCAGGAGUUGCAGCAACUGCAAGCCGAUAUGGAGAAGAUGAAGAAGAAUCAAGCUUCCGCCCUUCAAGCCAAGUCAGAACUAGGCGCAAAAGUGCAUAUUCUCACAGAAGAAAAGCAAUCACUCGAGAAGCGAAUUGCAGCUUUGUUUGAAGAUCAACAGAAGAUGCUGGAACAAGUCGGAGGGGCAAGAACAUCUUCGGCGAGAGGAGGCGCUCCUGGUGACACAGCUGCAGGUGCACAAGAAGAUGGAGACGCUGCUGGCGUAGAUCCAUCAUCAUCUUCGAAAAAAGUAGCAGAGCAAAGCAAGUCUUCGUCUUCGAUGUUCAUGAUGUCAUCGUCGGACCGCGAAAAAGCCUUGGAGCGCGACAACAGCUCGAAAGCCAUGAAGAUAGAAGCACUAAGAAGGCAGAUAGAGAUGAAGAAUCACGAAGUGGAGUCGCUGCACACGAUGAUGAAGGAGAAAUCACGUGUCGAAAGUACUGAGAAGAAAGAAGGUGCCGCGUCGGCAACCGCUGCUGCUAGCACAGGGACUUCAUCUUCUAGUGCGGUUGGAUCGGGCUCUUCCUCGUCGACGACGCCAGGACUACUUUCGACAUCUGACCCAACAUAUUCUACAAGAACAGCCGAUGCACAAACCUCUUCUUCCUCGUCGAGUACAACCUCGAAACAAGAACUUCCACUCGAAGCUCAGCGCGAGUUACGACAAACGAUUCAGAUGGAGUUUCGCCACGACUUGGAGCUUUUUAAAGCCGAUGCAAAUCGCAGACUCCAACAAUUGAGGGAGGCACUGGAUUCGAGAACUCAGACUAUGAGUGAUAUGGAGCGUCGACUCCAACAGGAGUUGGACAAGAAACAAGCGGAAGUGACGGAGUCGCAAGCUUGGGCCGCAUCGUUGGAGGAAGAUGUGCAGAAGCGGAAGGAAAUCUAUCGUCGCUUGGAAGAGCAAAUCCAACAAAGUCGAGAGCGGGAAGCAGAGGAAAGGCAGGAAGCGAGAGCGGAAGUCGCGAGUCUGAAACAGAAACUGAAGGAAAUGGAAAAAGAAUGGCAAAAGGAACGGGAGGAAGCACAGCGAUUAUCGUCCAUAGCAAAGGCACAUCAAGACGAGGAUCAAGAAAUGGAGCAAGUGGUUCUUGCAGAAGACAGAGCGGCCAAGGAAGUUGCAGCUGAUGUUGCGGCUGCGGAGCCCACAACACAUCAAGCAGUGGGAGAGGUAGAUGCUGUCACUGGUGGUCCUUUCAUAGUGGGCGAGGAAGAAACCGCAAUUACAUCAGAAGCAAAGCCUCCUGCUGCUGGUGCCGAUGACGCAGUAACUACAGAGGCUAAAAAGCCCGCUCCAGCAGCUGCUGAGGCCGCCGUUGCAGAUGACCAGCAGACAAGUGCUGGCGCAGCAGCUGCCAGUGACGCACCUGCUGUGACCGGGCAAGAGACCGCACGCACCCCUGCGGUUGCUGGUGUAGUUGCUGAAGAAUCGUCAACGCCAGCCGUGCCUCCGACCACUACUGAGGUGCCGGCCCCCGCUGAUCAAGAUUCUGAACCUGUCUCACCGGAUAUUGAGAUGAAAGAGACCGUUGCUGAGGCAGAGGCCGAACUGGAAGAAAUCGACGAUGCGUUAAAAGCUGUUGAAGAGGUCGAAGAACAAGAGAAGCAAGAAGCUGCUGCAGCUAUGGCUUCUGGAAGUGGAGAGGCUACAACCACAGGUACAGGAGAAGUUGCUCCACGACUCGCUGGAGUUGCCCCGGCAGCUGCUUCUGAUGUAGUCCUCACUUCUGAAGCCCCCGCUUCCGCGGAGGGGCCGAGUCGUGAGUCCGUUGCUCCUUCUGCUGAAGCUGCGCCAGCCGAGGUUGCGCAUGGUACUGCCGCUGCUGCUUCUGAUGCUGCUACAGCAGCGCUAGCUUCUACUCAAGUGGCCCCCGCCGUCGCUCCUGCAGAAGACGGAGGAGCGGCACAAGGACAGGAAGGCGCGCCUAAUCAAGAGGGUGUGGAGGAGCCACCUGCUUCUGAAGACAAGUAGAGCGAAAAGAAAUCUGAGUUGAGUUAUUUGCUACAACGACGGCGUUCAGUUAUUUCAUUUUUACGACACAAUGUCUCUGUCGAAUUUCAAGAAGGUGAGUCUACUUCUGCUGCUACCUACACGGUCAGGAGAGAACACUUUCAGAAAUCAAAACGUCCCAGACCCAUUCAUCGCGAUUGUAUUGUGAUUUUUACAACAUCAUG